AUGGUACCCCAGAAUGAAACAGGUGGCCUUUCCUCGGAGAGGCAUCAUCACAAAAACUCAGCACUCCACCGUGAAGAGCGGAUGUCGCUGAAGGUUGAGCCCAAUUGGGCCCGAGAUCCCCGAAUGAACCACGCGAGAACCUUUGAGGAAUUCUUCCAGCAGGUCGACUGGAGUAGGACGCGCUUUGGCCCGAGGGUCAGCUGGCCCGCUGAGCUCCAAAUGAUGGUGCGCUUCAUGAUGGCGGACACUAGUCCCUCCAUCCUGUACUGGGGCGAAAGCCACAGCAUGAUCUACAACGAGGCCCACGUGUCGAUGGUAGGGAAUAAUCAUCCGGCCAUGAUGGGUAUGGACGCUGGUGAUGUCUUCCCAGACUUCUGGGAUGACUUUGAUGAGAUCAUUGCCGAGCAACGACGAACAGGUCGGACCGCGACUGGCCAAGGCGAUAGGCUCCUCAUGCGCAGGCGCGGCUUCCUCGAAGAAACCUACUUCGACUGGAAGCUUAUACCCAUCGUGGGUGAAGACGAAAAGGUUCUGGGAUCCUACUCAAUGCCUGCAGACGUCACUUCCAAAGUCAUCAGUCAUCGCCAAAAAGAAUGUAUCAAGCAACUCAACCAUUACACAGCUCAGGCGAAUAACACCAAGGAGCUUUGGGAGGCCACGCUGACCAGCCUCAAGUACGACGACAAAGAUCUACCAAUAGCAUUACUCUACACCAUGGAGGAAGAAAAUAUCAGCCUGGAUCAUCGGACCUCCAAAUCGAACGCACAUUGUCAACUGGAAGGGAGCAUAGGACUGGAUUUGGAGCACGAGGUCGCCCGAAAGCAUCUGGAUCUCGAACCCGACAUAGACGGAUUUGCACCAACCAUGUUAAAGGCCCUGCACACCGGCACGACGCUGGUCUUGGAGGCUGACGAUCCAGCAUUCCACAAACUGCUCGAUGGGAUUAUCUGGAAGGGAUACAAUGUGCCUUCCAAGCAGUUCGUGGUGAUGCCAAUCUGUUUCAACGGGACGACUCCAGCUUUCCUUAUUAUCGGCCUAAAUCCUUACAGGAGAUGCACCACACUCUUUCAUGAAUUCUUUCAGACCAUGGCAGACAUCCUAGGCAUGCAAGUCGAACGGGUACGACUGGCCGAGGAAGUCGAACGUCACGACCAACUAGCUCGCAGGGCAGCUCUGGAUUUCAAAAAGAGCGAGUUAAGAUUUUUUCGAUUCGCAGAACGCUCGAUCGCCGGGCUUGCAAGUAAGCAGCCCCUAACCUCAUUUGCAUUCCAGCUAGCUAUGGAUGAGCUAUACUGGAGUGGAUCCACGAUUCCUUCUGUGCUUGUCACAGACAUGUUCCUACCGUCCACCGAGGCAAUACUUUACGCGAACGAGAGCUGGUAUCGAUUCUCCGGGAUUGAUCCCUCCGAGGGCCAAAAUCGUCUCUCUUGGGUCGACACUGUUAUGACUGAAGACAUCGGCCUGCUCCACGAGUGGCAAGACAGGGCUUUGAAAGAGAAGAAGGGUGGAACAUUCCAAGUUCGUUCUAAACGACCAUUCAGACAGGGAAACAUGUACUCGGAGCACCGAACCGGUAUCUGCGCCUGCUAUCCCGAGCCCAACGAGGCCGGAGAAGUCGAAAGCGUGAUGGUCCUUAUAGUGGACAUUAGCGAGCUCAAAUGGACUGAGAAACAGCUCCUGGACCGCACCAAGAAACUCGAGGAUUCGGAAGGCAAGUAUCGCAAUUAUGCCGAGCAUUGUCCUCUUGGGAUAUGCCGCACCGAUGGGGAUGGCUAUGUCCAGUAUGCGAAUAAUGCCUGGCACGCAAAUUACAACUUCAGACGAGGUCAAGCGAUGGACCCAGAGCCUUGGAUUCCCUUUCUCCAUGACGACGAUGUACAGCCAUGUAAGGACUUCUUCCAAAAACUGAAGAAACACAGUGGCCCAGAAGCAGUCGAACUCAGGCUGAGAGACAAGUCAUCCAAAAUAUCCGAGGGCGAUCGAACCUUCGAUAAUGAGUCCUGGAUUCUUGCAACAGGAUUUUCCGAGUUCAAAGAUGAUGGCACCGUGGACUACAUCGACUUUUGGGUUACUGAUAUCAGCGCUCAAAAGAUGGCAGAGAAGAUAUUGGCUGACAAGAUGGAGGAAGCAGUGCGUCUGAAGACACAACAGGAGCGGUUCAUCGACAUGAUCAGCCAUGAGAUUCGGAAUCCGCUAUCUGCGGUCCUUCAUUGUGGGGAGGAAAUUGUCGACGCGAUGAAGAAAGGACGGGCGACUCUCGACACCAUAGCUGGCACGUCACUUCCUCCAACAAUUUUAAUCUCACUCCAGCAAACGUUGCCGAAGCAGCUCGGCAAUGCACUGGAAGCAGCAAACACCAUCAUGUACUGCGUGCAGCAUCAGAAACAAAUCGUCGACGAUGUGCUCACGCUUUCGAAGCUCGACUCGGAACUCUUGGUGGUUUCUCCGGUACCAGUUCAGCUUAUGCCUCUGGUCUUGUCUUCACUGAAGAUAUUUGAGCUCGAACUCAAGAUGACUGACAUCUCCUUGUCCGUGGUUGAUGACAAGUCGCUGGCAAAUCUCGGAGUGGAUUGGGUUGCGCUGGAUCCCAACAGAUUUCUCCAGAUCGUCAUCAACCUAGUCACGAACGCCAUCAAGUUCACGAAAACGUCUCCAGUCAGGCAAAUCACUGUCACAGUGUCAGCUCUCACCCAACGACCCCUAGAAAGCCACUACGGCGUGGACUAUGUUCCGCAACGAUAUGCCCCGGAAACACCAGCCUCUGCCACUAGCACAUGUGCGGAGUUCGGUAGCCUCCUUGAUGCGCAGCCAGACAUUUUCCUCUCAUUCUCUGUCCAAGAUACUGGAAAGGGGCUAUCCAAAAGCGAGAAAGCCUUGCUCUUCAACAGGUUCGCUCAAGCCUCACCCAAGACUCAUAUCGAAUACGGCGGCUCGGGGCUGGGCCUCUUCAUAUGUCGCCAGAUCACAGAAUUGCUGGGCGGCGAAAUUGGAAUCGCCAGUACUCCCGGUGUCGGAAGCACUUUUGCCUUUUAUGUCGGGGCACAACGAAUCGACCCUCCCUUCAAAUUACAAGCAUCGAACGAAUCGCUAGUUCGCCUCAGCAGAUCGUUCAGCCUUUCGGCCGACGGAACGUCAGUGGAACCCGUGAAAGGGCUAGAUGUAGUCACCGCUGAGCUCCCAGAUGAGACGAUUGAUGGGGAGAACGGUGCCCCGAGAACGGUUUUAGUUGUUGAGGAUAACCUUGUGAAUCAAAAGGUACUGUGCAAGCAGCUCAGGAACCGCGACUUCGCCGUUCAAGCCGCGGGUCAUGGCAAAGAAGCUCUUGACGCAAUGAUGGCCCGAGCUACCCCGGGACGCGGACAUUACUUCAAUGUCAUCCUCUGCGACAUCGAAAUGCCCGUCAUGGGCGGGAUUGACUUUGCUAAAGAAGUCCGACGGCUAGAAGCCCAGGGUGAGCUUGUGGGCCAUGUGCCGAUUAUCGGGGUGACUGCCAACGUCCGCAAUACGCAAGUGAGCGGUGCUAUCGACGCAGGGAUGGAUGGCGUCACGACGAAGCCCUACCGCGUAAAUCAUCUGAUUGAACAUAUCAACCGACUCUGUCCCGCUCGGUGA